AUGACGUUUAACUUCUCUCGGAUCGAGCAACGGUUCGAGGAGAUUUCGACCACAACAAGUCUCAUCUCCUCGACAACAAUCGAUACGAACCGGCAGCUCUCUGACCUGCAAUUCUCCCAGAUCAUGCAGGCGAUUGCAGAUCCCAACCUGUGGGACCCAGGCAAGAGUCUCAACUACCUCUUAAUCCACCAGAAAAGGUCAUCCCAAAACCAAGCCCGUCAACUGUCCGAAGGUUUCUGGGAAUUUGCACGAAUGAGACGGUGGGCGAGAUCAAAAGACUCAGACAUAUCCAUCGUCAAGGGAGACUUCCGCUCGCGACACGCGCUGAGAUGUUUCUCGGUCGACGUGAUCGAGCAGCUGCGCCUGAAACAAAUUCCCGUUCUCUUUGCCCUGGGAACAUCACAACAAGGCGCGGCCGCAAAGAGCAUGUCCACCGAGGACCUCCUGAAAUACCUCGUUCGACAAGUCCUAGACCUGCGAAGAAGCGGCCAGACGGAGAAGUCGAUGUCCCUCAAUGCUGCGGCUUUCUCUGGCACCCUCUCCGAGAAAGAGUGGUUCUCACUUCUGCAAGACCUGCUGUCUGGACUCUCUGGGAAUGUCUACUUUGUCGUGGACUUGGAUUUGCUCAAUCGCAACCUCAACUGCCCUUCGAGCUUUCACUGGUUGUCAGAGUUCCUGGGCCUGUUCAAAUCAGUCACUGAGCGGGGAGCUCAAACUACCAUCAAGGUCUUGCUGGUCAGCUACAGCUCGGAGUUGCCGUUCGACACCACGAGGGACGACCAGGCUAGCUUCGUCAUACCAGCGAAGAAGGCGAAGCUGGCGGCGCAAAGGCGGAAAGGGAGGGCAGUUGCAGCUCGAGGUCGAGGGCGUCAGUCUCGCUCUGGGGUUUGA